GAUACAGUUUGUGUCUCUUCUUUAUACUUCUGAAGAAAAUAAUUGUUCUAAACUUAGGUUACAAGCAGAAGAUGAACGAGAGAAAAAUGGAUCAGAGGAAGAUGAUGAUGAGAAACCUGGAAAGAGGGUUGUAGGACCCAGAAAAAAGUUUCAUUGGGAUGAUACAGUGAGAUCUUUAUUGUGUAAUCUUGUCAAGAUCAAGCUGGGAUGUUAUGAGCUAGAGCCAAAUAGAAGUCAGUCUGCUGAAGAUUACCUCAAAACCUUUAUGGAAACAGAGGUGAAACCACUUUGGCCUAAGGGCUGGAUGCAGGCAAGGAUGCUUUUUAAAGAAAGCCGAAGUGUUCACAAUCACCUCACUUCUGCUCCGGCAAAAAAGAAGGUGAUUCUGGCACCUAAACCCAAAGCGAAGGACUCCAGUCCAAAGAAAGAACAGAAAACCUGUAUGUCUUCAGUCAAUUCAGGUUGUGCUGCUACACUGAGUUCCAGCACACCUACCUGCACCCCAGCCAGCUCUAGCUGCACACCAGCUCCAGAGACUAUCUGCUUGGAUGACUCACUGGAUGAAGACCUCUCUUUCCAUCCACCCUCACUGGAUUCUAUUUCGGAUGCUCUGGCAGUUAUCAAUAAUGGUGCCAAGGGGUCACCUCUUGGGCCCACUGUAGAAACACCACCAUCAAGGCCCCGCCCGGGGCUGAGGGAAGAGAAGCUGGCAAGCAUCAUGAGCAAGUUGCCUCUGGCAACUUCAAAGAAAGUAGAGCCCGCUCAAACACCUCAUUCAUCAAGUCUUAUUGCUGGUCACACAGGGCCAGUACCAAAGAAACCCCAGGACUUAGUUCACACUGGUAUCUCUUCAGGCCUUAUUGCUGGAUCUUCAAUUCAAAAUCCUAAGGUUUCCUUAGAGCCUUUGCCAGCCAAACUACUUCAGCAAGGACUGCAGCGGUCAAGCCAGAUUCAAGCUGCUUCCUCUUCCUCACAGACCCAUGUUUCUUCCUCUAAAACCCAAGCAGCUAUUUCCACCUCCUCUCAAAGACCCAAGGAGGCCAAUAUCUUGGUAUCAUCUUCAGAGGCCCAAAGUGGUGGUUCUUCAACAUCACAGGUGACAAAGGCGCACCAGCAUUCCACUGUACAACAGAAAUAUGUAUCUCCUUUACAAGCAACUAUUAGCAAAUCACAGACCAACCCAGUGGUGAAACUAAGUAGUAAUCCUAAACUGUCUUGUUCCUCAUCAGUCCUCAAGACUCAAGACAAGUCCGUAGUGUAUCGCCUGCCUUUGUCUAAUGCCUCAUCUGGAAGCAGCUCACAAGUAUCUCACCCACUAGUUUCUCGGACAACAUCCAGCACCUCUACCUCUAGUAACUAUUUAGCCAAGGCUAUGGUGUCACAGGUUUCUUCCCAGGGUUUCAAGCCUCCUUUCUCCAUGGCUGCCUCUCCCAAACCUGCUGCCUCUCCCAAGUCCACUGCAUCUAAGCCCUCUGUGACACCCAAGCCGAAUGCAUCACCUAAAUUUUCAUCUAAGUCCACCUCAUCCCCCAGGCCUGCAGCAACACCCAGUUCUUCCAGUUCAAGUGCACUAGUUUCCCAGAGUAGUCACUCCAGCGGCAACCCCCUUCAUAAACAGACCGGUGGUGUAAAUAUCAGCAGGCAGUCUCCCACAAUGAAUUUGCUGCCCUCUAAUCGCACCUCAGGCCUUCAGCCUGCAAAGAACCCUCAGGCUUCUUCAAAAUUGCCCAACUCUUCUCCUUCUGGAACUGUUGGCAAAAAUAAUUUGGGUGGAGUUGGAAUGAAUGUACCUGCCAGCAGAGGCAGUAACCUUAACUCGAGUGGAGCUAGUAGGACUAGUCUGUCUGGGGGAGCAGGAAGUGGAACACAGGGUGCUACUAAACAGUUGUCAACUCCACACAGACCAUCUUCUGCCUCAGGGUCUCCAGUUGUAGCAGCCAGUGUGCAGUCAACAGCAGGAGCAUCAUUACUGGCUAACGCCUCACCUCUGACUCUCAUGGCAUCACCGCUGUCUGUAACCAGCCAGAAUGUGACAGCUGCGCCAUUAGCUCCUUUUGGGAUGCUGGGUGGCCUUGUUCCUGUGACCGUGCCCUUCCAGUUUCCUUUGGAGCUGCUUGGCUUUGGGACGGACACAGCCGGAGUGACAACCACCUCGGGAUCUACCUCAGCAGCUUUCCACCACAGCCUAACUCAGAACUUACUGAAGGGUUUACAGCCAGGUGCUCAGCAUGCAGCAACACUGUCUCACACACCUCUGCCUGCUCACUUGCAGCAAGCUUACACAGAUGGAGGCCAAAGUAAAGGGGACACUAAGGUACAGCGGAAAAACCAGUGACUUCUGGACAAGCAAGGGAGUUGAAGCAGUUCUGGUUGGCUGACAGAAUGUGCCCAGUUGGGAAAGUGCUUAUGGUCACAGAGCUGCUGUUUCUGUCGAUGUUUACAUAUUCUGAUCCCAAGCACUGUGGUGAGAGGAAGAAGAAAGAAAACAAUACUUGAUCAAACAGAGAAGGAAAAGGGGGACUGGUCCUCCUGGUCAUGCAGACUGGUUGUAGUUUGUUCUUGCCUAAAAAAAAAAAAAAAAAAAAAAAUCUUAUCUGCUCUGAUUGGCUUUUUUAAAAAAAAAAAAAAAAAAAAAUUGGUUGUUUUUCCCACAGCAGCACAAACAUAUUUUCUGUGUGAUGUCCAAUGGAAAGUUGAAAGCAUGAGAGGAGCUACAAUAGGCUUCAUCCAUUGUGUGAGGUGGAGUUGUCCACUUAGUUUCCUUAAGUGCCCAGCAUAAAGUUCUAUGUAGGUCCUGAGUGUACCAUGUGUUUGCGGACCAAAGGAUAUAUAGAGUAGAGGUGGUGUCGGGAUACUUUGGGUUAUAUUGAAAACCUUACACAGAUACAGAGUUUCUGAUAUGGGCAUUUUUCCAGCUUUUAUAAGGCUUUUUGGCUUUAGGGAGCCUACAUAUAUAUGCAGUCUCAUUAGUCCCAGAGAGUUGUCUUC